AUGGGCAGCCGUGACCCAAUGACAGAAGCUCCCUUUAGGGUCAUCGUUGUUGGAGCCGGAGUGGCUGGCUUGACACUUGCCCAUUGCCUUGAGAAGGCCGGUAUUGACUAUGUCGUCCUGGAAAAAGGCAUCGUUGGGCCCCCUUUCGGCACAACGAUCACGUUACAGCCGCACGCCUGCAGAAUUCUCCAUCAACUUGGAUGCUUGGAUGCGAUUGUGGCCAAGUGCUCCACAAUGGGAGGAUGUUCCUGCCGCACAUCCAGCGGACGAGCCUUUGCACACAGCCGUUUCUUCGACACAGUCAAACGAUAUACCGGUUACGAUACUCGGACUCUAGAUAGAAGGGUGUUCCUAACAACCCUUCAUGACCAGCUACGUGAUAAAUCCAAAGUCUUGGAAAGGUCUCGAGUCGAAAGCAUCACCGAAGAGGACGGAAUUGUUCGAGUAUUGCUCGCAGACGGAACUCAAGUUGCGGGCGACCUGGUUGUCGGAGCCGAUGGCGUUCACAGCAAAGUACGAGAACUUAUGUGGCAUCGAGCCAAUAGCAUCGUACCGGGUCUCAUUUCGGCCACCGAAAAACGCUCUAUGACGACUACCUACGGCGCACUUAUCGCAAUGUGCCCUCCCAUACCUGGUCUAAGCAAGCAUGAUAUGGAAAUCACUUCGAACGAUAAAUUUUCUUUUCUCCUGUUGUGCCAACCAGAAUUCAUUACAUUUAUUGCCCAUUACAAGUUACCGGAAGAAAAGCAGUGCCGCUGGCCGAACCGUGCGAGAUUCACUGAGGCUGACAUGGAAGCUCUUGCCACUAAACUUGCGGAUUAUCCCGUCACUGAAUCCGUUUUGUUUGGAGAGCUUUGGCGCUCUCGGACCAAAGGCCAAAUGAUUUCUUUGGAAGAGGGCGUCCUUGAACACUGGUUCUUUGGUCGCAUAGUAUUAACAGGGGACGCUAUCCAUAAGAUUACCCCUACCUUAGCCUUGGGUGGCUGUACGGCGAUGGAAAGCGUUGCGAGCAUUGCAAACAUGAUCCAUGCUCUUGUCAAUUCACAUCCUAACAAGAAGCCUUCCGAUGUGGAAAUCCGCGACGCUUUACAAUACUACCAGGAUUCGCGUCUUGCACGAGCCAAAGCCAUUGUUAAAAUGGGAGGAAAAGUAACUCGGUUACAAACAUAUGAUGGCUGGUGGAACUAUGUAAUCCAACGAUGGAUAACGCCUAUCGCCGGGUUGGAUUCGAUAUCCAAAAGUGUUGCUAAAUUAUGCGCUGGUGGAGCUAAGCUCAACUAUGUGCCUUUUGACGAGAAAGUUGGGAUAUACGGCUGGAAAGAAGAUUCUCUUAAAGAGCGAUUUCUAUCAUCAGAAAAGGAGCGAGCACAUACCUCCGUGUUGGAGCGGUUUCUGCCUCUCUUUCUCGGAGCCUUUGUGAUCCUUUCAUCAACACUAUGGUGGAACUUCUUCAAAAAUGCUGUUCAUGCAUCAGCUGGAUUUGGAGUGUCGAUACGCUAG